AUGUUGCUGCGUAUAUUUUUGGUGGACAGCGGCGGCGGUGGCUCGGCCGAAGUGAUGGUGUACUCUCUCGGCUGGGGCAUGGGCGAGCCAGAGCGGCGUGCCGUGGACCGUAAGCGCGCCCAGCCGCCCUCUGCCACGCACACGCUCUCGCCGGACGAUGGCCACGAGGUCGACGUGUUGCCAUUGCACAAUCAGGUGGGCGGUCACACCAGGUUGCUGGUGCUGAACGACAGCACGGUAAUCAAGCCCCUGAACAUCCGCGAACUGCAUUUCUACCAGAACAUUCCCGAAGAUAUUCAAAAUUUCGUACCGCGAUACAAAGGCGUGAUGCAGGCUUCUAACACUGGUGGGCAGAAAUUGGACAAGCGCUACUCGCCAUGUUUCCGCGACGAGAACGGACGCAGGCAGUCGCUGAGCGGGAAGCGCAAGCGAGACGACGUGUUCAAAUUUAAAGUUCACCGAAAUGGCAAUGCAAGCGAAGUCCUUAAGAGCAUUGCCCACAUGGAUAAUUCCAAUAAGCAAUAUUUCCUGAUGAUGGAGAACAUAACGUCGUCGUACCGGCGGCCGUGCGUGCUGGAUCUGAAGAUGGGCACACGGCAGCACGGCGACGACGCGAGUGCGGAGAAGCGCACCAAGCAGAUCGCCAAGUGCGCCGCCAGCACCUCCGCCACGCUCGGCGUGCGCCUCUGCGGCAUGCAGGUGUGGGUGGCGGGCACGGGCGCGUGCGUGCGGCGCGACAAGUACUGGGGGCGCGCGCUGAGCGCGGCGGGGCUGCGCGAGGCGCUGCGCGAGUUCUUCGCGCCGGGUGGCCGCCUGCGCGCGCGUGUCGUGCGCACCGCGCUGCGCCACCUCGACGCGCUGCGCACGGCCGUCGCCAAGCAGACCAGCUACCGCUUCUACUCCUGCUCACUACUAAUAGUAUACGAGGGUGACCUAUCGAGCGGGCCGAUGGACGAGGGCGGCACAUCGGGGUACGACGCGGACGCAUCCAGCAGCUCCGUGGAGCUCGCGCCCUCGCUAGGCCACUUCGACAUGUCCACGCUCACCGACGAGAUGCCCUCGUCGAGGGAGCCCUUCACGCACUCGGAAGAGACGAUGGGCGGGUACGAGGAGGGCGAGGUGGCGCACGGGGCGCGCCCGCAGCCGCCCAGCCCCGACUCAGCGGACAGCUGGAUGGCGUACUCCACCAGCAGCGAGUCGUGGCGCGGCGACUCGGAGGCGGAGGCGGAGGCGGAAGCGGAGGCGGAGGAGGCACGCAAGCGCGCUCGCGGCCGAGCCGAGCGCAGCGCGGCGGUCGGCGAGCGCGUCGACGUGCGCAUGAUCGACUUCGCGCACACCACGUACGCGGGCGCGGCCGCCGAGUCGCCGCUGGCCACGGCCACGCCGCACCACGGGCCCGACUGCGGCUUCCUCACCGGCGUCGACAGCCUCAAGCGCCUGCUCACCGAGAUCCUCCUGCCGCAGCCCUACAGUUAA